AUGCAGUUUUUGACCGGUACAUCGCAGACGAGUGCCGGCGGCGGCGGUAUGUUCGGCGGCGCCGAUGGCGCGGAGCUGUACGCGGCCACGGCGUCGGCGCCUGACCAUUACUUUUGCCAGCGAAUGUUGUACGCGAUGCAGUUCGAUUCGGUGGCCGCGGCCGGCGCCGGUAUGUGUUCGCCGCUGUUACCGUCGUCGUUGUCGUCGCCGCCGUCACCGCCGUCGUCGUCGUCGUCGUCGUCGUCGCCGUUAUCGUCGUCAUCGCCGUCGUCGUUAUCGUCGUCGUCCUCGUCGUCGUUGUCGUCGUCGCCGUUAUCGUUGUCGUCGCCGUUAUCGUUGUCGUCGCCGUUAUCGUUGUCGUUGACGCCGUCGAUCGGCGGUCGUUGCUUCACGACAACCGCCGCCGCCGGGGACGUGAAAAUGAUGGACGCGUGCCCGGCGUCACCGGCCAACGAUCAUCAUCAUCAUCACCAUCUACAUCAUCACCAUCUUCAGCUGCAGCAACAGCACGCUGUCGAGAACAGGAAACGUCCGUUACAGGACACGUUGGACGGCGCUAACGUCAAGAGAACGCACAGUUCGUCCGUUGCAGGUAAGAAACGUCUAAUUAAAUAG